AUGACAAACAUGCAGCAUUAUAUGGAUGAUAUUCAUGAUAGUAAGUUAUUCUAGUUAGCCCAAUUUAUUAUAAAUAAAAAAUUGAAAUUUUAGUUAUGGAAGGGUUGAAUGUUGAAAUUGAAAGAAGAUUGAAAAGAAUUGGAAAAUGGGAUGCACAAAUUGAAGAAUGGACUGAAGAAUCGAAAAAAUUGGAUGAAUAUAUAUUUGAUGAAAGUAAACCGCAAGAAAAAAGAGAUGAAAAAGCAUUGAGAUUGGCUGAGGUAACUCAUUUGAAAUAUAAAUGCAAAAAUAUUUAUAAGUUGGGACAUUUUCUGAUUUUUUCUAUUUUUUGGUUCAAAAAUUGAAAAUCUGUGGUAUUUGCCAGCUUCGAGUUUAGAGCAAAAAUCUGAAAUUUUUCCGUGUUUCAGAAAUUUUGGUUCAAAUAUUUGCAUUUCUGAUCCACGUGCCAAAUUGUUUUUUUUUUCCCUCAUUCAUUUUCCUUAUUUUUCCAGCUUCGAGGAAAAAUGAGAGCUUUAACCGAACGAAAAGUGCAAUUAAGCGAAAAGAGCCAAAACACAGUGCAUGCGAUAUAUAAGAAGAUGUCAGCAUUGGCUUAUCAUUGUAAAUGUGAAGUUGAAAUUGAUAAUCCGGGUAGCACUGAAUUGAGAGAACGAUGUGAGUUUCUUAAAAAGUAGAAUUUUCAAAUACAUAUAAUUUUAUUUUUGUAGUGUUUGUUCAAAUGAAUGGCUAUGCGGAAAUUGAAGCAGAUCAUGCAGAUGGACAAAUUCAUAUAUCAGCAAAUGAUAGAAGAACACGGGAAAUGUCAAUUAUGACGGAUGAAGAUUCGGGGUAAGGGUUUUUUUGGAAUUUUAUUCAACAUAAAAAAUAUAAAUUAUCAAAUUUAUGGCUGGAUAUUUUCCCCAACCAAUUAUCUUAGCAAUCCUAGAUGAAUACACAAAUUUGAAAAUGGUUUCAAAAUGCUCUAAAUUUUUAUAUUAAAUUAAAGCUUUUUGAGAAAUAUUCACGUUUUUUUUUUCAAAAAUAAAAUAAAACGUGAACAUUGCGUGGCACCUAAUAAUUAAUUUUCAUUUUUUUUCAGAAAAAAAAGGCGGUGGUCGAUCUCGGGCUGUUUUCAAAGACAAUAAAUCGAAUUAUUCAAGUGCUCGUUCCAGUGUUGAAAGAGAAAAUGGUAAAAAAGGCGAGAAAAUGUCGAGUUAUAUGCGAAGGAAAAAUGAGAAAAUGAAGGAACAACAAAGAAUUGAUGAGGAAAUGCAAUUCGAAAAAGAGAAACUUGGUAGGAUAUAUUCAAAGAGUUAUUUUAAAUAUAUAGUAUUGUUUCAGAUUUGAUAAAACGUGAAUUGUUGGAUGGAACUGAUUUUGAUUGGGGAGGAGAAUCAUCGAGUACUGGAAUUGGAAGAGUUGGAAUAACUGAAGAAGAAGAGGAACAAGAAUUGUUGCGAUUUUUGAUUCCGGAAAAUGAUGGAAGAUUGCCGUCGCCACCAAGAGAUAUUAUGGAAUCGCUUGAAGCUACUGUAUGUUUUAUUUUAUCAAGACUGAUCGGAAUUGGAAUUUUUCUGAAGAUCAUAAUAUUUAUAUUGUUUUCAAAUUGAUGAACUUUUGGAAUUCAAAAUUUCAACCCGAAAAAUUCGAAAUUCCAACUCAUUUCCAAGUCGAAAAUAUUUAUCAACAAAAAUAAUAUUUUUUCAGGACACUGGAAUGUUUUCAAUGGAUUGGUCAAAUGAAAAAGAAGAAAUCAAACCAAUGUCUUCAAUGACAAAUUUGAAACGACCAAAUGUAUGUUAAUAUUGUAUCAUAAUUAAUGUUUUACCCCCACUGUUUUAUUAUUUCUUAUUUGUAUUAUUAGGCAUCAUCUUCACCUUUCGAUUUGGCUGAAAAACGAAAACGAAAUCUGUUAUUUGGAUCUAUAGCGGAUACCAGUUUCAGUGGUCGCCCCAGAAAGUUAGUGAGAUGAUUUUUUCUUUUUUUUUAUCCUGUGUUGUUAUCUAUUUUGUGAUAUAAGAUUUUAUUAAUUAAACCAAAUAAUAACACUUUUUUCGAAUUCAAUUGAUUUUUUUUUUGGAAAAAAUGGGAUUUUUCUUGCAGAUUGACGGAUCGAGUUUCAGAAAUGAUGCAAAAUAGUCGAGAACGAGAAGAAAAAAGGAUGAAUCGGAAAAAAGAAAAUGAUGAGUGGUGUAUUUGUGAUGGAGUGAGUUAUUUUUGGAUUUGAACAAUUUGAAGGUAGAAACUCAGGACUAAAAACUUCAAAUUCGCAGAAAAAUUAUCAAUUUUUCAUAUGAGAAUGUCCCUGCCAUUUUUAGAAUAAAACUCUUUUUUCAGAAUAUCAAUUCGGAAAUGAUGGUUCAAUGUGAUAAUGCAAAUGUAAGCUUUUCAAAAACUCAUUCAAAUUCCCCUCCGAAUUAUUUUUAUCAUAUAUUUUCAGUGCAAAAUUGAAUGGUAUCAUUUCGAAUGUGUUGGUUUAUUGGAUUCCCCAUUUGAUACUUGGUAUUGUCCAACUUGUUCUCAAAUUCCUCCAAUGUUUCGACUUCAAAGACCAAAAGACGAAUAA